AUGCGCCUCAAACCCUCACUUUUGCUCACAUCGCUACUUUCAGCGACAGGCAUUGUCGCCAGCGAAGAUCUAAAUGACGUCUCUGCCUUGAUUAGAGAGGCGGGACGCGCCAGCAACGAUUCCCUGCUAUGGGGCCCUUACAAGUCCAAUCUGUACUUCGGCGUGCGCCCUCGUAUCCCGAAGAGUUUGUCUGCAGGAUUGAUUUGGGGCAAGGUGGAUAACUAUGCCGGUGCCCAGCAAAACUUUAGACACACCUGCGAGCAGAAUGAAGGAAUGGCCGGCUACGGUUGGGACGAGUACGACAUUCGGAAAGGUGGUCGAGAGACUAUCCACGACACUGAGAACAACCUGGACCUGACCAUUGACUUUAUCAAGGUCCCUGGUGGUCAGCAUGGAGGUAGCUGGGGUUUCCGAGUUAAGGGUACACCGAGUGAUGGCGAUCCUCACCAACCCACGUCGAUGGUCUUCUACUCCACCCUGGAGGGAUUCGGUCAGUUGGGCGUUGAGAGUGAGUCCACCGGAAAUGGAAUUGAAGGUGAUGUGAAGCUUGAAGGUUCCUCUAUGGAACUUGGCGAUUUCACCAUCGAGGUCACCAAUGGACCAAGUAACAAUGCCCACCCUCGCUUUGAACACCAGAGCUCCAAGGACAAGCCUUUGGAGCGCAGCAUCGUGAGCAGUGUGUCCUUCCCAGAGGAACAACUUUGGCAAGCAAAGGGUAUCUUCUUCACGCAGAUGAAGGCUUCAGUGGAUGAGGCCUUGGAGGAGUAUGGAAAGGAAAAUAUCUCGCCUCCACCGCAACUCUUCACUGUCCCGCACAAGCCCGGCCAGGGCAACGCUCAUUUUGUCCAGAAAGUCUUUUCUGGUGAAUUCCAAUUUGAUGUCUUGUUCUCUUCUGGCUCUGCUCCCAAGCCAUUCACCUCGGAUGACCUUACCAAGGAGAUCAAAGAUGCAUCCGAAGCUUUCUCUGAAACCUUUGACCAACUUCUGCCCCCUCAGGCACCAUUUGAUGAACCCAAGUACUCCAAGUUCUCCAAGGCGAUGCUUUCGAACCUUAUCGGUGGAAUCGGCUUCUUCCACGGCGAUGACAUCGUGGAUCGCUCGGCCAACCCCGCUUACGAGGAAGAGAAUGAGGGAUUCUGGGAGGAGACUGCCCAGGCUAGAGCUGCCGUUCAGCCCGUUUUCGAGGGACCCAAGGAUCUCUUUACCUGUGUGCCCUCUCGACCCUUCUUCCCUAGAGGCUUCCUCUGGGAUGAAGGAUUCCACUUGAUGCCCGUCAUUGAAUAUGAUACCGAUCUUGCGCUCGAAAUCAUCAAGAGCUGGUUCCAUCUGAUGGACGAAGAUGGAUGGAUUGCCCGUGAACAGAUUCUGGGACAUGAGGCACGAAGCAAGGUUCCCGCCGAGUUCACCAUCCAGUACCCUCAUUACGCGAACCCGCCUACCCUGUUCAUGGCACUCGAGGCAUUCAUGGACAAGGUCAACAGCAAUGUUAACAAGAGCGCCGAGUCUGGAAAACUGGACCAGCAAGACGCAACCGCAAGCUUGCGUUCUGCCACCGUCCGACACCCAGAGCUCUCCCAAGCAUACCUCCGUUCCUUCUACCCGCUUCUAAAGAAGCACUACAACUGGUACAGAACGACCCAGCGUGGUGAAAUUUCCUCGUAUGACCGUGAAGCUUUCUCCACCAAGGAAGGCUACCGCUGGCGCGGACGUUCUGUCCAGCACAUCCUGACUUCCGGCAUCGAUGACUACCCCCGAGCCCAGCCGCCACACCCUGGUGAGCUGCACGUCGAUCUCAUCAGUUGGAUGGGAAUGAUGACCCGUACUAUGCGCCGGAUUGCCCAGAACCUUGGCGAGGAGGAUGAUGUCGAGGAGUUUGCCUACUACGAGACCGCCAUCACCCGCAACAUUGACGAUCUGCACUGGGACGAGAAGGAGCAGACAUUCUGCGAUGCUACCAUUGAUGAGUAUGAAGAGAGUGUCCAUGUCUGCCACAAGGGCUACAUUACUAUCUUCCCCUUCCUGACCGGCAUGCUGGGCCCUGACAGCCCGCGUCUCAAGGCCGUGCUGGACCUUAUCGGUGACCCCGAGGAGUUGUGGAGUGACUACGGUAUCCGCAGUCUGAGCAAGAAGGAUAAGUUCUACGAUACCGAUGAGAACUACUGGAGAAGUCCAGUCUGGAUCAACAUCAACUACUUGGUGUUGAAGAACCUAUACGACACUGCCACUGUCUCUGGUCCUCACCAGGAACAGGCGCGUGAGCUGUAUAACACUCUGCGGAAGAACCUGGUUGAGAAUGUCUUCCGGGAGUGGAAGAAGACUGGAUUCGCCUGGGAGCAAUACAACCCCGAUUCGGGCAACGGCCAGCGUACUCAACACUUCACGGGCUGGACCAGUAUGGUGGUGAACAUGAUGUCGAUGCCCCAGUUGACCGCACCACCAACCACCCACGAUGAGUUGUAA